AAGCGGUCGACUUUUAAGACAUGAAGUAGCUGCUGUCUGUCCUUGUUUUCCAGAUCUGCAGAGGCCACCUUAAACUGGCUCCACCUUAAGCAGGCUCCACCCAGUGCAGCCAUUGGGUCCAGCUAGAGGCAGGCUGGCAGCCUCCCUGCCUAGUUAUUCUCACCUUAGCUGCGGUCUGGUUAUGGCCACGCUCCUUCGGGUGGCAACCCAGAGGCUGUCUCCCUGGAGGGGUUACUGCUCCAGGGGGUCGCAGGGUGGACUCAGCCAGGACUUUGUGGCAGCUCUGAAGGCAGUUGUAGGGAGCCCCCAUGUGUCCACUGCUUCUGCAGUCAGAGAGCAUCACGGGCAUGAUGAAUCAAUGCACAGGUGUCAACCUCCUGAUGCUGUGGUGUGGCCUCAGAAUGUGGACCAGGUCAGCCGACUGGUAACCCUGUGCUACAAUCAAGGCGUUCCCAUCAUCCCAUUUGGCACAGGCACCGGCGUUGAGGGGGGAGUCUGUGCUGUGCAGGGUGGAGUGUGCAUCAACCUGACCCAUAUGGACCAGAUCAUGGAGCUGAACACAGAUGACUUCUCCGUGGUGGUGGAGCCUGGCGUCACCCGUAAAGCUCUCAAUACCCACCUGCGUGACAGUGGCCUUUGGUUUCCUGUUGACCCAGGUGCAGAUGCUUCUCUGUGUGGUAUGGCAGCCACUGGGGCCUCGGGCACCAAUGCUGUGCGCUAUGGAACCAUGCGGGACAACGUGAUCAACCUGGAGGUGGUGCUGCCUGAUGGCAGGCUGCUUCACACUGCAGGCCGGGGGCGCCAUUAUAGGAAGAGUGCAGCUGGCUACAAUCUCACAGGACUCUUUGUGGGUUCUGAGGGGACUCUGGGCAUCAUUACAUCUGCCACCCUGCGCCUGCACCCCGCACCCGAAGCCACAGUGGCUGCCACCUGUGCAUUCCCCAGUGUUCAAGCGGCUGUGGAUAGCACAGUUCAGAUCCUUCAGGCUGCAGUGCCCGUGGCCCGCAUUGAGUUCCUGGAUGAUGUCAUGAUGGAUGCAUGCAACAAACACAGCAAACUUAACUGCCCCGUGGCACCCACGCUUUUCCUGGAGUUCCACGGUUCCCAGCAGACACUGGCAGAACAGCUGCAGCGCACAGAAGCAAUCACUCAGGACAAUGGUGGCUCUCACUUCUCCUGGGCCAAGGAGGCCGAAAAGCGCAAUGAACUUUGGGCAGCGAGGCACAAUGCUUGGUAUGCAGCCUUGGCCCUGUGUCCAGGAAGUAAGGCCUAUUCCACGGAUGUGUGUGUACCCAUCUCCCGGUUGCCAGAGAUCUUGGUAGAGACCAAGGAGGAGAUGAAGGCCUCAAAAAUCACAGGAGCCAUUGUUGGGCAUGUGGGUGAUGGCAACUUUCACUGCAUCCUGCUGGUCGACCCAGAUGAUGUAGAGGAGCAGAAGAGGGUCAAGGCCUUUGCAGAAAAUCUGGGCAGGCGUGCCCUGGCUCUCCAUGGGACAUGCACCGGAGAACAUGGCAUCGGGCUGGGCAAGCGGCAGCUGCUGCAAGAGGAAGUGGGCCCUGUGGGUAUGGAGACCAUGCGGCAGCUCAAAGACACACUGGAUCCCCGAGGUCUCAUGAACCCAGGCAAAGUGCUAUGAGGAACUUGUAACGCUUGGCCCACAAUCCUCAGAACGCAAAGUCCCUGUUCUGAACUUUUCCUUCAUGUCAAUGAUCGUGCAAGAAAUGAACGGCUGAUGUUAUCUAUGUCUGCCUGGUAGCCUCUGUAGCUGGGGCUCAAGAUGAAGGUGAGGAAGAUGGACUCACUUACAGAAAGCUACUACCCUUGUUCUUAGGAGCCUUUUACUCCAGUAGAAAACCCCAGUAGAGUUUCUUCCUGGCUGGCAGAGGUGGUGUGGGUCUACUCCAAGCUAAGAUCAGAUCCCUCUGUGUGGGCCUCUCUUCUGCUGGUGCCCAGCAUCAUAAUGAUUCACCCUGUAUAUAUAAUGAUAUAUAUAUAUAUCUUUCCAUUCCACAUUGUUGGGCCUUCUUGUCCCCCUCCUACCACUCCCCUCCAUGUGAACCCCAUUUGCAACCGCAUCCUUUCCUCCCCUCUAGGUCUCUGACCUUGGGCUAAUGAGCCAUUUGUUUUUGGGCCUGUCCCCAGACUAACAGUAGCCUAGGGAGCAGAAUGGAGUUUAAGCUUUGGAAGAAAGCCAGUCCUAGCCCCUCUGCUUUUGCAUAGCUGAGGUAAAAGGUCUGCCUGUGGUGGAGGUCACCUGACAGUUUCCCCACCAGGAAACUGAAGCAAGCACUUUCCUUCUUCAAGCUGUUAUGGAGGACAUUAAAAAUACAGAUGCGAUAA